AUGAGUUCAUUUUCUAUAUUGUGUAUUUUGAGUUUGAUACUCAUUGUGAGUUGUAGUAACAUUGCAAGCGCCCAAGACUCACCAGCCGAUUAUGUGAACGUCCACAACGCAGCAAGAUCGGCCAUUGAAGGUUUCAACAUUCCAAAUCUUGUUUGGGACAACGAAAUUGCGGCUUUUGCGCAAAGCUAUGCGAAUCAGCGCAAGGACUGUAAAGCGGUUCCCUCGGGCGGUAAUGGUGGACGGUACGGUGAGAAUGUUGCCAUUAACAAUGGUGAGAUAAGUGGUGCAGAAGCAGUGAAGUUGUGGGUGGAUGAAAAACCUCAGUUUGAUCGCUAUCAUAACAAGUGUGUUGGUGGUGAGUGUGUUCAUUAUACUCAGGUGAUUUGGGAAAAGUCAUUGCGUGUUGGAUGUGGGAAAGUGAAAUGUGAUAAUGGAGGAACAUUUGUUACUUGUAAUUAUUAUCCUCCUGGAAAUAUUCCAGGUCAAGAACCAUUCUAA